CGCACCGGCCGCUCACGUCUAAUCGCCCCGGCAACAACUUCUCCCACGCACCAAGUCUCCUGUUUCCCACCGGAAAUAGGUCCCUGCUCGCCCACCGCCCAGGAUUCGCAGGCUACGCGCCCUCGAGCUCCACCAUCCCAUUAGGAGAAAAGUUGCUGCGCAGUCACGGAGCCAGGUGCCAGAAAAGAGUAGGAGACACUCUGGGGAGACCACUAGCCCAGGUGUCGGUCCUGUCGUGGUGUGUUGCGUGAAGAUCAGGCGCCGCCCCUGGGGAGAGGGGCCUCUGAGGAGCUGCUAUGCAGACCGCAAAAUAGCUACGAAUAUCACACCCCUGGACUGAGCAGAUGUCUGCACUGUGCUUGUUCUUUCCUAGUUUCGGCGCUCGUUUGGACUUUCACAAUCAGAGAUGGCAGCAGAGCCGGCAGCAGCACAAGCUCUGGGGUCUUGGUCCUCUCAUCCGGUCUACGCACGAUACUGGCAACAUUACCAUCAGGCGAUGGCGUGGAUGCGCAGCCACCAGAAUGCCUAUCGGAAGGCCGUGGAAUCUUUCUUCACGUCCCCGUGGUACCUUUCUGCCAUGGGCCUUCCCCAGAGCGCUUAUGCUAAGGAGGGCAGAAGGCCUCGGUCCUGCCACGAGCAUCCCCCAGCCUCCCGGGACUCCCACCACAGUCAUUCACACGCUGGCAGGCGUGGGCCAUAUCCACGCGGCAGAAAAGAGCCAGCUUGGCCCGCAGAGAAGGAGAAGGAGAAAGAGAGCGAUUCCGACGACGGUGGCAUAGAAUGCGACGUGAGCAACAUGGAGAUCACAGAGGAGCUACGCCAGUACUUCGCCCAGACCGAGAGGCACCGGGCGGAGCGCCGGCGGCAGCAGCAGCUGGACGCGGCGCGCCUGAAAGACUACGUGAACGCGGACCACGACCUGUACCGCGACACGCGCCACCGCUCCGUGCUGCCCCCGGCUGAGCAGCCCGGCGAGCGGCGCCGGGCCGAGAUGCGGCGCCUGUACGGGGCCAGCGCCGCCAAGAUCCAGGCCAUGGAGACGGCCGUGCAGCUCAGCUUCGACAAGCACUGUGACCGCAAGCAGCCAAAGUACUGGCCAGUCAUCCCGCUCAGGUUCUGAGCCGCGCCCCUUCCUCUCGCGGUCCCCCUCUCCCCCUCUCCCGUGGCUCUUCUCUGGGUUAGGUUGACUAAUGAGCGCGUUCACCAAAGUCCCCUGGGGGCGGGGGUAAUAUCCGCCACGUGGAGGUGGGCAGGACGUGUGUCCUGCUGCCAACAUGAGAGAUCUUCUCUUGAGGUAAAAUGAGAAUUUCAUAUACAUCCCACUGGUUUUUAAUGUCAAUUAGAGCGACCAGUUCAUUAAAGUUCUCGCUUGGAGAUACUGCCUAGUUGUUGCGUUUCUGUUUUCUUGUAUCUUUAACCCAACCGAACUAGGCAAAGGCCUUCAGUGAGUCAGGUGUCCUCUCCCACUCCAAGUGUUUUAGCCCCGCAGAAAAGGAUGCAAGCCCGCCAGAC